GGGCCCGACGGCGGGCGGAGCGGCCGAUCAGCUGUUGCGAGCGCCGCACAACAACAAAAGGACCUGGACGGGCCGGCCUGCGCGCAGCACCAGGAGCGCUGGAGCCGGCUCCGCGCCCGCCGUCCGGGGACCCGAGCGAGGCGCAGCCCAGCCCGGCCGCCGCUACCUCAGCAGCCCCGCGCCCUCCCCCGCCGAGCCGGCGGCCGCUUCCCUCGCGCAUCCCCGCGGCGGCUCGGGCCCACGGAUAAUGACUCUUCUUGCUGUUCACCUAAAUUGAAUAAGCACCCUGUGCACUUUAAUCUCCUGUCGGUACCCUCGGGCCAACUGAAGACAAGACUUUGAAAUCUCAGCUAUAAAGACACCCAGCCAAAGUCUCAAUCUUGCCUUAACAAUGUUCCAGAGGCUGAAUAAAAUGUUUGUGGGUGAAGUCAAUACUUCUUCCAACCAAGAACCAGAAUUUAGUGAGAAAGAAGAUGAUGAGUGGAUUCUUGUUGACUUCAUAGACACUUGCACUGGCUUCUCAGCGGAAGAAGAAGAAGACGAUGAUGACGGCAUCAGUGAAGAGUCACCUACUGAGCACCCUUCAGUCUUUUCCUGUUUACCUGCAUCUCUUGAAUGCUUGGCUGAUCCAAGUGAUUCCUGCUUCCUCCAGUUUGAGUCCUGUCCAAUGGAGGAGAGCUGGUUUAUCACCCCUCCCCCGUGUUUUACUGCAGGUGGAUUAACCACUAUCAAGGUGGAAACAAGUCCUAUGGAAAACCUUCUCAUCGAACAUCCCAGCAUGUCUGUCUAUGCUGUGCAUAACUCCUGCCCUGGUCUCAGUGAGGCCAACUGCGGGCCUGAUGAACUUCAUAGCCCAAGUAGUCCCAGGGCCAGGAAAAGCUGCUUAUAGGACUCUCGGGCACAGAAGUGGAAGCUCAAAAUGAAGUGGGGCAGCACAUUCAUUGCUAUGUUGCAGCUCUUACUGCUCACACAACUUUUCUGGAACAACCCAAGAGCUUUCGCCCUUCGCAGUGGAUAAAAGAACAUAGUGAAAGACAGUCUCUUAACAGAAAUAGCCUUCGUCGCCAAAAUCUUACCAGGGAUUGCCACUCUCGGCAAGUCAAGCACAAUGGCUGGGUUGUUCAUCAGCCCUGCCCGCGUCAGUACAAUUACUAAGAAUUUCAAGUUUUGUUGGUUGUUUUCUCUUGGUUUGUGCAUAAGUGUGUGGAUGUGCAUAUUUGUACAAUGAAAAUGUUGUCUCUUUACAGCCAACUGAUGACCAAUCACAUAGUUUUAUUCAGUGUGUUUAGACACUAUCUUGAAAACUAGAUUUAUAUAUGCUGUGUAUCACAUAAUGCCUUGCUCUUAACAGUUACUUUUUUGUAAAUUUUUUCAGACUAUUUUUGGAAACAUAUCAAUACAAUUACAGUGUUUGGUGUUUGGGGAUGUCUUUAAAUCUGUUAAAGUGUACACGAGUUAGCAUUUUAAAGACAUUUCUUCCCAAGUACAAGAAGAGGUAUCUUUCAAUUUCAUUUUAUUUUGUAUUACUUAAUCUUUUGAGUAAGCAAAAAUUUAUUCUCAGGGUCAGCCAUACACUUUAUUGACCAGUACUUGAUAAUCUUUUCUGUAUAUAAUGAAUACAUUUUUACACACUAACAUGAGCAUUAACAGGUGAUAGUUGCCAUGGAUAUAAUGGAAUUAUGGCUGGACUUUCUUUGAAAGAAAACUUGAUAUAUUUCUGUGUGUAUGGGUUUUUUUUUUUUUUUCAGAUUCGUCAUGCAGUUCAUUUUGGAAUUCAGGUACAUUAAGCUUUAGUGAACAGUGCAUUGAGAAAUUCCAAUGUGACUAUGUGACGUGGUACAGACAUUAUAGGUGUCAUGGACAAGAGCACUUGUCUCACAUGCAGAGGGAUUAAAUUAGACCUGUGAAAUUAUAUUUGGAAAAAUUCAUGUCUAUAGCUAACCCAUUAGUCCAGUGUUUAAGUUGUUUUUAUUUCUUCCUGCCAGCUCUGCCUACUCCCCACCUCAUAUCAGCUGUAAAUUCAGAAGUACUUGUCCAGGCACUUGCAUGAUUCAUAUUUAUAUUUGCCCAUGGGAAAGAGGCUUUAUGUUUCCAGAUACAGUGAGAAGUCCUCUGCCAUGGAGUCUGUCCUGCCAAGUGAUAAGCAAGGGUGAGGAGGAAUUUCUGGUCAUGUCUUUCGUAGCGUCUAAGUGAAACAGUGACAGGUUGGCUUCCUUGACUUUUCAUUUUUUUGUUUUAACUUCAGGCAAAGUCUUUAACCACUCUGGCCUCUGUUUCUUCCACCGACAGGGGAGUAAUGAUACCUCCCUCACAGAGCUGUGAGGAUUUAUGCUGAUUUGAAGUGGGGCUGUCCAGAACUGAGCCUUGUAGGAAAUUCCAAGGGCCUUUCUGCUGAAUCUGGCGAUGGAGUGAGGCUGAGGCAAUUUCUCUGCCACAGCUGUUCUUCAGUGUUGGUGCUAAUGAGGCCAGGGUGCAGGGUUCGAUUCACAUGUAGGCCAGUUGACUCAACACAGAGAAAAUCUCUUCCGUACCUCUAGACAGUCACUUCCUUUUUUAGCAGUUGUGAUGGGUUUUGCUGAGCCACCCACACUCUCACCAGUCUCCUCUGAAAUUAAGUAAAUACAUCUACAAUCUGAAGCACUUUCUAGUGACAGAGCAGUAGCAUCAUCUUCGUAAUCAAACAGCUUAUUUUUCCAUCUUCUCUGCAACUAAUUAAAUGAAUACAUCUACACACAUCUGUAAAAUGUUUUCAAGGAAAAAAACAGCAUCUAGUUAUGUAAAGUAUUAUAUUUUUCAGUAACCCUGUAGCAGCGUGAUGCAGGGAACCCUGGAAGACUUUAAGGGAAGAGCUGUGCUCUUUGCCGACCAGACUGGAGCACUGGUAGUUGGAAGAGGUCAGAGGUGUAGCUGGGUGGUGGUUUUGGGUUGUUCUUCCACUGGCUGUGAUGAGUGCCAGGAUGUCUCCUUAGAACAAGUCUCGACGCCCCUUUUCUCCUAAUUGCCCCUUCCGUUUUGACUUUCCCUUUAUUUAUUUGUUUUCUAAUUAGGGGCCAAGUCUGUAAAGUUUUGUCAAACUGAGUUAGAAGUUAUUUUGUUACUACUUGUGUUUACCAGAGUUGGGAGAUAAUGUAGAGCUUUCAUGAAGGUGUGUAUGUUUUACAGCGUGUCUGUUAUAGGGUCAUAGGUUGGUAACUUGAAAAUAGACCAGCUAACUGUCUUCAGGAUGUAAGCCUCCGAAUAUACACGGGGUCUCUUUUUCAUAUAUUGCAUGUAAGUCGUUAGUACCUCACAAGCUACAAAAGUUCAGCCAUGAGAAUUUGUUUGGCAGCAUGAACAGAUUUGUAUAUACAACUGCAAUGGUCUUUUUCUUUCAGAUUUCCUGAUACUUUAAAUACAUUCAUAUCUCUUAUCAGUUAUUGACUUUUUGUUUGCCUUAUCUGGACCUAGUUUUUUAUGCUUUGUACCUUGAAAACAAAAAAUUUCAGUCACUAGGUUAGGAUUACGACACCACCUGUGACAUCAUAAUUGUGGUUUCUGUGUCAGUGUCUACUAAAAUUGGCACACGUAAAAAUUAAAGAAAAUGGUUACAUAAUUCAGUGGAAGUUCUUGGUCAUUAGAUGGUAGGCAUCUACUG